CCUGCGCGGCUUUAUUCCCCUCCCCCUGCUACCAGUUGGUCACAGAGCGAAGUCCAAGUUGAUUGGCUGUCUGAGCUGCUGGGGGUGGGGGAGAUGCCGGGUUCUAGGCCUUGGCUCGGCUCUAUGUCGCUAGUCUCUGUCCCUAGUCUGUGUGAAUCAACUAUAUCCAGUGGGUCAAGAACCGGAAGAGGACACGACUCUCGGGGACCCAAAGCGUCAGAACUCAAAGGACGGGAUUCUGGCUGCUGCUUCUGAGAGGAUGCUGCGUUUCAUAUGGCAGUGCUUGCGUCCUUACCACCCUUGCCAAGCAUUUCUGGAACGCUCGAAGGCUUCGGCCAGUUGUAGGCCCACCUCAGAGCUGGCUGAUCCUAGGCAGCUGUUGGAGCUUCCCAGGCCCAGGACCCCUGCCAUCACAGGGCCCUAUCCCUGUGCCGGACUCCCUCAAUUUCAGCCACCCACCUUACUGGCCUUUCACUUCCUAGGUGGUUUCUACAUGCUCCUGGACACCAAGAAUGCAAAACCAAGGCAGAAAUCUGUCCUCCUGAGUCCCCUGAGCCAUUCCUCUGGCUGUCUGAGCCUGUCCUUCCGCUACAUCCUCCGUGGACAGUCACCUGGUGCAGCUCUCACCGUCCAUGCCUUCAUCAUGGGCAGCAUCCGGAAACACACUCUUUUCUCAGGACAACCUGGACCCAACUGGCAGCCUGUUUCUGUCAAUUAUACAGGCCAGGGACAAAUUCAGUUCACCAUGGUGGGUGUGUUUGGAGAGCCGGCCGUGGCAGUGGAUGCAAUCAGCAUUGCUCCCUGUGGGGAGAGCUUUCCUCAGUGUGACUUUGAAGAUGAUGUCCAUCCCUUCUGUGACUGGGCCCAGGCUUUAGGGGACGGUGGACACUGGACCCGGGAAAAUGAAAAUAUGCACACCCAGGGUGCAGGCUCUUUUGGAGGAGGUCGCUAUAUUUUCGUCGAGGCUGACAAGUUCUCUGAGGCAGGCCAGUCUUUCAGACUGGUGAGCCGGCACUUCUGUGCCCCGGGUGCGAUCUGUGUGGAGUUUGCCUACCACCUGUAUGGCCUUGGAGAGGGCACUAAGCUCAAUCUCCUGCUGGAGAGUCCUGCGGGCAGUUCCCCAUCUCUCCUCUGGCACCGCAUUGGGUCUCAGUGUCCUGACUGGCUAAACACCUCCGUCACCAUCCCUUCGGGGCAUCAACAACCCAUGCAGCUGAUAUUUGAGGCCAUCAGGGGUACCAACACUGCCUUUGUUGUUGCUGUGGAUUUUAUCUUGAUCAAUCACGGGACUUGUCGAGGAACAGUGCCACCAGAGCUUCCUUCCAAAUAUCCAGUUUCCCUCCCUGGCCCUUCUGAAACUCCUGUCUCCACAGGAAAACCUAUGACUCCUAUAGAAAAACCUAUGGCCCCUACAGGAAAACCCAUGGCUCCCACAGGAAAACCCACUGUCCCCAGUGAAAUAGCCACUCUCCCUACAAAAAAGCCCAUGGCCCCCUCAGAAAAGUCCACUGUCUCCCCAGAAAGAUCCACCUUUCCCCCAGAAAAAUCCACCUUCCCCACAGAAAAACUCACCAUCCCCACUCAAAAGCCCACCAUCCCCACAGAAAAGCCCACUAUUCCCACUGAAAGACCCACUGUCCCUGCUGAAGAGACCACUGUCCCCCCUGAAGAGACCACUGUCCCCCCUGAAGAGACCACUGUCUUCACUGGAGAGUCUACCAUCCCCACUGAAAAAUCCACUCUUUCUAUUGAAGAGUCUGUUGUCCCCAUUGAAGAGACUACUAUACCCCUUGAAGAGCCCACUGUCUCCAUGGAAGAGUCCACUGUCUCCACUGAGGAGUCCACAGCCCCUCCUGAAGAGCCCACUGUCUCCACAGAAAAGCCCAAUGUCCGCACGGAAAGGCCCACCAUCCUCACAGAAAAACCCACCAUGCCCACUGAAAGGACCACCAUUUCCACAGAAAAGCCUACUAUCCCUGCAGAAAAACCCGCAGUCCACACUGAAAGAACCACCAUCCAUACCACCAUCUCCAUAGAAAAACCCACUAUCCCCAUAGAAAAGCCCACUGUCCACACUGAAAAACCCUUGGUCCCCACUGGAAGGACUACUAUUACCACAGAAAGACCUACAGUCCCCACAGAAAAACCCACCAUCCCUACUGAAAAGACCACCAUCCCCACAGAAAAACCCACUAUCCCCAUAGCAAAACCCACCAUCCCCACUGAAAGGUCCACUGUCCCUACAGAAAAACUCACUGUCCCCACAGCAAAACCCACCAUGCCCACUGAAAAACCCACCAUCCCUACAGAAAAACCCACUAUCCCUACAGCAAAACCCACCAUCCCCACUGAAAAACCCACCAUCCCUACAGAAAAACCCACUGUCCCCACUGAAAGGUCCACUGUUCCAACAGAAAAACCCACCAUCUCCACAGAAAAACCCACUGUCCCCGCAGAAAAACCCACUGUCCCCACUGAAAAGGCCACCAUGCCCACAGAAAAACCCACUGUUCCCACUAAAAGGCCCACCAUCCCCACAGAAAAGCCCACUGUCCCUAUAGAAGAAACUACCAUCCCCACUGAAAAGACCAGCAUGCCCACAGAAAAACCCACCGUCCCUAUAGAAAAACCCACCAUCCCCACUAAAAGGCCUACUAUCCCCACUGAAAAGACCACUGUGCCCACAGAAAAACCCGCUGUCCUCACUAAAAGGCCUACCAUCCCCACAGAAAAACCCACUGUCCCUAUAGAGAAGACCACCAUGCCCACAGAAAAACCUACCGUCCCCACUGAAAAGACCACCAUGCCCACAGAAAAGCCCACUGUCCCCACCGAAAAGACCACCGUCCCCACAGAAAAAACCAGCAUCCCCACUGAAAAAACCACCAUGCCCACAGAAAAACCCACCAUCCCCACAGAAAAAUCUACUGUCCCCACUGAAAGGCACGCAGCUCCUACGACGCCCCAGCCCAGUCCAACACUUGUACCAAUUGGGCCACCAGUCUUGGUGACGCCUCCUACGACAGCUCCAAGUACCUCCAUGACCACGGCAACCCCUAGACGUACUCCAGCGAGGUGCCCCCCAAAUGCCCACUACGAGCCCUGUGCCUGCCCAGCAUCCUGCGAGAGACCCAAGCCCAGCUGUAGGCCCCUCUGCAAACCCGGCUGUGUCUGCAAUUCUGGCUUUUUGUUUCAUGAGUCCCGCUGCAUCAAUGUAUCUUCCUGCAAUUGCUUGUACAACAACAAUUACUAUAAGCCUGGGGCGGAGUGGUUCAGCUCUAACUGCACAGAACGUUGCCGCUGCAAGCCUGGCAGUCAGAUGGAGUGUCAGAUCUCCCAGUGCGGGACACACACGGUGUGCCAGCUAAAGAACGGCCAGUAUGGAUGCCAACCCUACGGCACUGCCACGUGCACUGUCUAUGGAGACCCUCAUCAAAUCACCUUUGAUGGGAGACACUUUAGCUUCACGGGCAAAUGCACCUACAUCUUGGCCCAAUCCUGCGGCAACUCAACAGAGCCAUUCUUCAGGGUGGCAGCAAAGAAUGAGGGUCGAGGACAGGAAAGCAUGUCCAUCCUGAGCAAAAUCUAUGUGACGCUGUCGAAGGUCACCAUCACGCUGCUUGGGGGCCGGCGCGUGCUGGUUGGGGAUCAGCAAGUCACCCUCCCCGCCAUACCUUCUAAAGGCAUCUUCCUGGCUUCAAGUGGGCGAUUUGUGGAGCUGCAGACGGUGUUUGGUUUGCGGGUGAGAUGGGAUGGUGACCAGCAGCUGUUUAUGAGUGUGCCCAGCACCUACUCGAGAAAACUCUGUGUCUUUGGCAACUAUGACGGGGACAGUAGCAAUGACAACCGGAAGCCAGAUGGCAGCCCGGCGCAGGACGUGGACUGGCAGACAGCAGAGGACGAGGACAAGGAGUGCCAGAAGAACCCAGCAAAUCCUCCGUCUUGCAACAGGGGCUUUCUGAGCAGUCUGUCGGCGCUCCAGUUCUGUGGUCGGCUCAUGGACACCCACGGAGCCUUCGAGGCAUGUCUGCCUCACCUCAAGGCCUCUGUGUUCUUGAAGAACUGCGUGUUUGACAUGUGUAAAUUCCAGCGGCUGCAGUCAGUGCUGUGUGCCCACAUGGCAGCCUUGACCGAGAUCUGCCAGGAUGCUGGCUACACAGUCAAGCCCUGGAGGGGACCCGAGUUCUGCCCUCUGACCUGCCCGCCCAACAGCAGGUACACUCUCUGCGCCAAGCUGUGCCCUGCCACCUGCCAUCCCGGCUUCUCCGGCAUGUCCUGCCAGAACCGGUGCGGUUGCUGCGAGUGCAACCCAGGCUUCGUGCUCAGCGGUCUGCGGUGCGUCCCCCAGUCCCAGUGCGGGUGCCUUGACCCCAUGGUGGGUUACUUCAAGGUAGGGGAGCAGUGGUUCAAGCCAGGCUGCACACAGCUCUGCGCCUGUGAGGGCAACAGUAAAGUUCGCUGCACGCCGUGGAGGUGCCAGGCCCAGGAGGUCUGUCGUCAGCAGGAUGGCAUCUAUGGCUGCCAUGCCCAAGGGGCCGCCACCUGCAGUGUCUCAGGGGACCCCCACUACGUGACGUUCGAUGGAGCCCUGCACCACCUCAUGGGCACCUGCACCUACGUCCUGACCCGACCUUGCCAGUCCAGGUCCCCAGAGAACUACAUCGUGAGCGCCACCAAUGAGUUUCGCGGCGGGAACCUGGAGGCCUCAUACGUCAGAGCCGUCCAUGUGCAGGUCUUCAACCUGAGAAUCUCACUGAUCAAAGGCCACAAGGUCAUGCUGAAUGGUCGCCGGGUGGCCCUGCCUCUGUUGCCUGCGCAAGGCCGGGUGAGCAUAAGGCCCAGUGGUUCCUUCACCCUCCUCUACACGGACUUUGGGCUUCAAGUUCGCUAUGAUGGGAACCAUCUGGUCGAAGUGAUGGUGCCGUCUUCCUACGCCGGCCGGCUCUGUGGGUUGUGUGGCAACUACAACAACAAUAGCCAGGAUGACAGUCUGAUUCCCAACCAAAGGCCUGUGGCCAGCUCUGUCCACCUGGGGGUCGCCUGGAAGUUACCGGAGUACUCUGAACCGGGGUGUUUUGCUGAGCGUGGCAAGGCCUCCAGAUGCCUGGAGAACAGAGAGGCAAACAACUGGAAAAAGAAUUGUGAUAUCCUAGUGAACCCUUGGGGACCCUUCUCCCAGUGCCACGGGGUGGUGCCCCCCCAGACCAGCUUCACCAGCUGUGUGUAUGGCCAGUGUGGGACCAAGGGUGACACUCUGACCCUGUGCCGCUCCCUGCAGGCCUAUGCAUCCCUGUGCGCACACGCUGGCCGGGCCCCUACCUGGCGCAACAGCAGCUUCUGCCCUCUGAAGUGCCCUCCCGGGAGCAGCUACAGCCCCUGUGCCAACCCCUGCCCGGCCACCUGUCUCAGCCUGAACACCCCAAAAGACUGCCCAGCAGGGCUGCCCUGUACCGAGGGCUGUGAGUGCCAGAAAGGCCACAUCCUGAGCGGAACCUCUUGUGUGCCCUUCAGCCAGUGCGGCUGCAUCAACCAGGACAGUUCCUACCACCCGGUCGGGGAGAGCUGGUACACAGACAGCACGUGCUCCAGGCUCUGUACCUGUUCUGCGCAUAGCAACAUCUCCUGCUACCAGAGCACCUGCAAGCCCGGCCAGCUGUGCUGGCCCCUGGAUGGCCUGCUGCGCUGCCGAACUUCAGGCAUGGGGGUGUGCCGUACCUCGGACCGCUCCCCGUAUGUGACGUUCGAUGGCACUCGCCAUACCAUUCGGGACACCUGCACUUAUGUCCUGCUGAAAGUGUGCCACUCCACCAUGGACCUGCCUUUCUUCAAGAUCAGUGGCAAGCAUGGGAAGCGGAGAAGCCACCCCGCUGCUUUCUACCUCCACCGGGUCAAUAUCGACAUCUCUAACACCCGGGUCACUUUGGAAGAGGGCCACCGCGUGCUUAUCAACGGCACCGAGGUCGCCCUUCCCUCGACCACCCAGAUCCAGGGGGUCAGGAUCACUGCCAGUGGCACCUACACCGUACUCACUGUGAACACCGGGCUGAAGGUCAAGUUUGACGGCAAUGGCUUCUUCGAGGUCCAGCUCCCUGCAGCCUAUUACCAAAAGGUCUGAGGCCUGUGCGGGAACUUCAAUGAUGAGGAAGAGGAUGAGCUCAUGAUGCCCAGUGAUGAACUGGCCCAGAAUGACACUGAACUGGUGGGCAGUUGGCAAGAUAGGAAGUCUGACCCCAAAUGCCACCCAGAUGAACAGGAGAUCCCAGCAGAAACGCAGGAGAAGCCGAAUGCAAACUGCAGGACGGCUGACCUAGCCAGAGCCCAGGAACAGUGCCAGACCGCCUUGCAGGCUCCGGCCUGGGCUAAGUGUGCCAGCCACGUGGUCCUCAGGCCCUUCCUGCUCAGCUGUACCAACAACGUGUGUCAGUUCGGAGGCCUGAACCACGCCCUCUGUGAAUCUUUGGAAAGCUUCGGGGCCGCCUGCCGGGCCAAGGGGCUCAAGCCCCCAAUCUGGAGAAACAGCAGCUUCUUCCCUCCAGAUACGAAGGCGUGUGGAGAGGCAGCGGAGGGCCAGGCUGACUCCGGGCUCUCUGUGGCUCCCGCCUGCCUUCUCCAGGUCAACAACCAGAAGAUGGCCAUCCCCUACAAGCCCAGCGACCGUCUGCAGGUGGCCCUGCGGGGCCAUCGCCUGUAUCUGAUCACCGACUUCGAGAUGGUUGUCACUGAUGGAGGCAAAAACGCAGUGAUCACGCUGCCCAGUAAGUAUAAGGGGCUGGUACGGGGCCUGUGCGGGAACUUCUAUGGGAACAAGAGGAAUGACUAUAUGCUGCCCAAUAGCACCGUCACCCAGAACCUCCUUGCCUUCGGCAAUAGCUGGGAGGUACAGAGGAUCGAGGGAGGUGACCUCGUCCGCUUCUCAAGGGCCGUACAAGAGGAAGAGGAGGAGGAGUCCGGCUUCCAAGAGUCGGAAUGCAGCCCGGAGCAGCUGGAGCUCAUCAACAGCACCCAGGCGUGUAGGGUGCUGGUGGACCCCCAGGGCCCCUUUGCUGCCUGUCACCAGACUGUGGCCCCAGAACCCUUCCAGGAGCACUGUGUGUUUGCUCUGUGUGCCGCCAGGAACCCCAAAGAGCAGGAGGAACUGCGCUGCCAGGUCCUCAGCGGGUACGCCAUCAUCUGCCAGGAGGCGGGCGCCACCCUGGCCAGCUGGCGGGACCACACCCGCUGCGCCUUGGAGUGUCCGGCCAACACUGUCUAUCAGAGCUGCAUGACACCCUGCCCAGCCUCCUGUGCCCACCUGGGGGCCCCCAGGGACUGCGAGGGCCCUUGUGUGGAGGGCUGUGCCAGCCUCCCGGGCUACGUCUACAGUGGUGCCCGGAGCCUCCCCCUGGCCCACUGCGGCUGCACCAACAACGGUGUCUACUACCAGAGGGGCGACAGCUUUGUGACUGAGAAUUGCUCUCGGCGCUGCACCUGUGCCCGCUCGGGGAUGCUGCUGGGUGAGCCCCUCAGCUGCCGUGCUGGGGAGAUCUGCACCCUGGGGAACCUCACUCGCGGCUGCUUCCGAAAAACCCUGUGUCUACGGAACCCCUGUCAGAAUGAUGGGCGAUGCCAGGAGCAGGGAACCCGCUUCACCUGUGAGUGCGAACUUGGUUAUGGGGGACACCUCUGCACGGAGCCUCGGGACGUGCCGCCCCCUGGAAAGCCAGAAGCAUCCAACUUUGUGGCCAUCCUUUUGGGAAUGCUUGUGCCUGUAGUGGUCCUAGUGCCCGCAGUGACCAGAGAAUGUGUUUCCAGGAAGAGGAGGAGGAGGAGGAGGGAGAAAACACAGAGCCAGAAUAAAGACAGGCUGGCAGACCCUGGUGAGAACCAUUCCCACCCCAGAACCUUGGCGACCGGGAGCUGAGUCUGCCUCUGAUAAGGUCUUCUGGGGGUUUGUUCCAGAGCGUGCCCUUCAAGUCCCUCAGUUUUGAGUUGUCCUCAAAAAA